UGGUGGAGCUGUGCCUGACCCACGGGCUGGGCCCAGUGGCCUUGGCCAACGAGCUGUUGGCCUUUGUCACCAGCAAGGACCUGGGCACCCAACUCUGCUCCAACGACCUCGACGCCUUCGAGCACGAGGUGCUCAGCAGGAGAGGCAGCAGAGUUCCCAGGAACAGGGACACUCGCCGCGGGGGUUUCCACAACGUCCACUCUCUCCAGGAGCUCAGCCCCUACAGCCUCUUCUCCCCCAACAGCUUCUCCCCCAGUGUCCCCCCUUCCCACAAAUACUCCUCCCGGAGCAGCCGGGGGGAAGUUGUGGCCUCGUUUGGCCCCAUCCAAGGCCCCUCCUGGAGCGGCCUGGGGGGGGCCCAAGGUUGCACCCCAAAACUUUUUGGUCCCCACGAAGAAAACCUGACCCAAAGCUACAAAUUCAUGUUCCAGAAAGCGCUGGAUGUGCGGGAAGUGCUGCUCUGCAGGAUGGAGGAGCUCGGGGAGACCCUCAAGAGGCACCAUCACCUGGAGGGCUUCACCUCAGCCCUGCUCCCAGCCCAGGAGCCCGUGACCGUGCUGGGUCAGAUCGGCUGCGACGGCAACGGGAAACUCAACGCCAAGUCGGUGGUGCUGGCAGGGGACAGGGAACACUCCUCAGGGGGACAAAUCCCUCUGGACCUCUCGGAGCUGAAGGAAUAUUCCCUGUUCCCUGGGCAGGUCGUGGCUCUGGAGGGAACAAACAGCACCGGGAGGAGGUUGUUGGUGUCCAGGAUCUACGAG